AACGAUACUAAUAAUAUGUCAGUUAUCGUUCCUUUAGUUGUCCUCAAACAUUCUGGCGAGUUUCAGCAUAUUUGGAGAACGGCUGCACGGACUGCCCGCAAAAUGGGGCUGGUUCGGUUCAACGCCCCAACAGCUCAACCGCGCUUCCUCAUCCUUCCAGUUCCUUCAUCUCCAACCCUUUGAAUCAUCAAUUCUUGCAAACGAGCCUGCAAAAUGGAACCCAUCGGAACAAAUAUCCAUCUCCGCAUUCCACCCACACCGCCAACAUCGCUGAUAAUCCUGUGCACUUGGCUUGGAGGCGCAUCGCCCCGACGCAUCGCCAAAUACACCGAUGGCUAUGCCAGCCAUUUCCCCAGCGCCGCAAUCCUGCUAAUCACCACCACUCUAUCGGACAUCACGCUUCGCUCAUUCAGCGCAAUCCGGAGCCGUCUUGCUCCCGCGCGAGAGAAAAUCGCCCAUUUCAUCCACCCCAGCUCUGGCUCACCUAUUCCAAUCCUGCUGCAUAUCUUCUCCCACGGUGGGAGUAAUACAGCGACUCAGCUUGUGCAGUCAAUUAAAGCGGACGAUCCAGCCGCACAUACAGCCUUCAUCUCAGCGCUGAAAUUGGUUAUAUUCGACUGCUGUCCUGGGGACAGUUCGCUUCUGCGAAGUUACAACGCUGCCGCUGUUUCUCUGCCUUCGCCGACUGAACAGCCCAUCGCGCAUUUCGUAGGGAAAUCCGUGCUCUACCCGGCCAUUGGGACGAUUUCGGCCUUGCAGGCAGUGGGUGCGAUGCGUAGUGUCGAGGAUUUAAGAACCGAGUUGAAUGAUCCGGGUUUAUUUGGUAAAUCUGCGCGACGGUUCUAUCUGUACUCGCGUGAGGAUGAGAUGGUGCGAUGGCAGGAUGUGGAGCGGCAUCUGCGUGAAGGGCGGGAGAAGGGAUUUGUGGCUGAUGGAGUUCGGUUUGAGACGGGGCCGCACUGUGCACUUGCCAUGGUUGAUGAGGAGCGGUAUUGGACUUCGGUUCAACGGGCGUGGGAGGGGACAAUCCCGAGUCGGUUGUAAUAUAACCUCUGGACUGUUUUGUAUAGACAAUAAAUUCUGCCUCAGGCAAACAUUCUUUGCCAUAUCAGGUUAGACUUCAGGGGCACUGAAAUCGCU